UUUUUUAUUUCUUUUUUUUUUUUUUUUUUUCUCUCUUUCUCCUUCUCUGUCCUCUCCAUCUCUGUUUUUCUCCAUGUGGUUUCUUAUUCAUAAAAAGUUAUGAACAGUGAAAGAAAUUGAAAAAGAAAGCUUUUAUUUCUUCUUUCUUUUUUAAUUUAUAUAUUUUUGAGUUUGAAUUGAACAGCUCUAUUGUCGGCAAUCUGUUGCAUAAUUCGAAGUAAUAUAGCGCCAUGUCAGUGCGUAGGCGUACCUUGCUGAAGGUGAUCGUUCUCGGCGAUAGCGGGGUUGGCAAGACGUCUUUGAUGAAUCAAUAUGUACAUAAGAAGUUCAGUCAGCAAUACAAAGCAACCAUUGGUGCUGAUUUUGUCACCAAAGAACUACAAAUUGAUGACAGGCUUGUCACCCUGCAAAUUUGGGACACAGCUGGGCAAGAAAGAUUUCAGAGUCUUGGAGUUGCAUUCUAUAGAGGGGCAGAUUGCUGUGUUCUAGUUUAUGAUGUUAAUGUGAUGCGAUCAUUUGAUGCUCUUGAAAAUUGGCAUGAGGAAUUUCUUAAGCAGGCAAACCCACCAGAUCCAAAGACAUUUCCAUUUAUAUUGCUUGGAAACAAGAUUGAUAUUGAUGGUGGAAAUAGUCGAGUGGUUUCUGAAAAGAAAGCAAAGGACUGGUGUGCUUCAAAAGGAAACAUCCCUUACUACGAGACAUCAGCAAAAGAAGAUUACAAUGUUGAUCCUGCAUUCUUGUGUAUUGCCAAAACUGCUCUAGCUAAUGAGCAUGAACAGGACAUAUACUUCCAAGGCAUCCCUGAGGCAGUUUCCGAAACUGAGCAAAGAGGCGGUUGUGCGUGCUGAAUUGGGACCAAUUAUUGCAGACUCUCCUUUAGUAUUCAUGGUGUCCUAGUUCAUUUCUUUGUUUCUUUUUGGUGGUCAGUGCAAUUCAAUUUUUUGUUUUUGAUUACUCAUUGUAUACCAAGGUUUCGAGAUGAGAUGUUCCUUGAUAGUUAAAUUGCCAUUUUAAAAAUGUAGUACAGUACCAUUUUUGGUAAAAGAUGAACUAUGAGUUGAAAAUUGUAGGAUCUAGUAUCAGAUUGAUCCUGGGAUGCUGUUACCUUGAUUUAAGUAUGGAUGCUUAGGAGUCUAAUUCCUGUAAUCAUCAAUCUUGAAAAAGUAUUAUUGGAAGUUCAA